AUGUCGAGGCUGCAGAGGUCGUCGGUGUCGUUCCGGCGGCAGGGCUCGUCGGGGCGCAUCUGGGACGACCCGCUGCGGGGGGGCCUGGACCUGAAGACCCUGUCAACGCCGAGGUCCGCGACGGCGGCGUGCGCCGCCGCCGUGGCGCCGCUGCACCACCACCACCACCACCACCCCGUCGACGCCAGCAUCGUCCUCGCCGGGGACCCCUCGCCCCGCGUCGUGUCCCGCUCGAUGAUGCGCCACGGCGGCGGUGCCGUUGGGUUCGGGGACGCGGGCGCCUCGUCGUCAGCUGCAGGCGUCAUCGUGGAGAGCCCGGCGUCCUCCACGUCGCCGGCCACCGUCAUCGUCGGGCCGGACGGCGAGCGCCACGAGCGGCACGCGAGGCGCCGGCGGAAGAUCUCGUCGGCGUUCUGCGCCUGCAUGGGGCAUCCCCCGGCGUCGCACGCGCAGCAGUAG